AUGCUGAACAGGCACCUGCUACCACGACCAGUACCAACACCAGCCGAGCCGACAGACGGAGCUUCACCAGCGAACACCCAGCCACCAGAGGGGCAACAGCCCGACCACAACACACAGAGCAGCAACACAGCCGACACAGCCACUCAGCAACCACCCAGCGGGGGACCACAGCCACAACAAGAACCAAGAGCAAACAACCCAGCGACAGACACAACCACCGGCACCAGCAAAAGCGACAGCCAAGCUGCAGCGGACCAUGAGGAGCGGCUCCGGCGCAACCCCUACCUCCAGCACAACACCAGACCAGAGGAAGCAAGACCACCUGCUCAACAGCAGCAACAGCACAGCGGGGGGAACCACCCCAACCAACAGCCACAGCACCCAGCCGGGGGGAUUACACCAGAAGGCGCGCAGGCACACUUUCAGCACUUGGACGAACAUGCCAACAGAGAAAGCCACAUUAAGCGCCGUGGCCCGCCGCAGCUACCGCACAAAGCAAGAACAGAGAUGCUAUGGGUGGCGGCCGGAAAAGGCAAGUGGGUAGCUCGAGUGGAGGCCCUACCGGGGGGAGCAAACCCCACUAAGCCCAAGGAGGAGCCGCAGCGGGGACUCAACCCAACAGGUCAGGAACUGUGGACAGCCCCUCCCUUUGGGGACGGCACCAUCCUCGAGGUCGAGACCACAAUGGGGUACGCAUACCUCAUCACCAUACUCAGCGUCCCAGCACCGCACCGACAAGAGGGGGGAACCCUCAUCGCAGAACCAGGGCAGGCCUUUAUGCUGGAGCAGAUCCAAGACAUAUGGAUGCUUAGACCUGCCGGGGGACCACGCCAUGGACCACCCAAGAGGGGAUACCGCCCUCCGCCACCUGGAGAAGGCCGCGCAGUUGGCAACAGCACGAACCCAGGCAUACCCUUCCGAGGGGGACAACAGCCAGCAAGCGGGUCAACCGACCCACAAAGGGGAGCAGCCCCGAAACAACAACCACCACCGUCAAGUGGCAACAAGCCCGGAAGCACCGACACAGCCACCACCCAACGACAACAACAGCAGCAACACACGAGCAGUGCCAGCUCCUCUUCCAAAGCAGCAGGGAAAGCCAUUCCCAAAGCCACACCGCCAACACCACAAGCCACACCACCCAACAACGAUUUCCGCGACAGCCGAACCCUCAGAGGGCAAACCAAAGAGGAGCCACCCACGAGAGAGGAGCAGCCACAGCAGCCACAGCAACCCCACAAACACUUCUUCGAGAUAAUACGCGACAACCGUGGACUAGGAGAUGACAAAAAGAAAAAGGGGGAGGACCCAGACGACAACACCGAGCUGUGGCAGCGACCUCCCCCAACCACCACGACCACCAGUACCACAACCACCACCCCCACAGACUGCCGCAUUGACUCAAGCGAGCUUGCAGGCAACACAACAGACGAAGAAGCAGUGGGGCUAACACGCAGACGCAGAAGAGACAGCAGACACAUCGGCAAGCCCCGAAGCCGCAGCAGAAGUCCGCCGCCCACCAGCAGACCACCACCACCACAACACGAACAGCCAAGCAGCUCCACCAGCACACUGUCACAUGCCAGCACCAUCGCAGCCCUACGUGGGGGUAUACAAGCCACAGCAGCACAGAUCCAGCUCAUACACGAAGUAACAACCAACAUGCAGGGGGCAGAAAGCACCGUCAUAGCGAACAUUUGUGCCAAUGCCCUGCGCAUGCUCAGCGAAAGCAGCGCAACAGCAGGAGUGUUAAGAAAAAACACAGAACAAGCCUUCCCAUCGGCAGUGGGGGAAGCAUACCGAUGCGCCACAAGCAUGCGAGUGAGAAGGGGGGACAGCCUCACCCCAGAAGAGUAUGCCACAGAUGUGAGUAUUCUACGCAGCAUGGUGGAACAAGGCAUCCAGGACCUACCACAGGGGGAAGCUAGCUCAGCCAGCCAUGCAGUACUACGAGCCCGCGCCCGCCUGCAGAAAGCCUACGAGAUGCUGGACGCGGUCAUCCUGCGCACCAUGGGGGGAGACCGACAGUGGAACGACCUCAAAUGGUGGGACGCUUUACUUGACCACCUCGCUCCAGCAACACUCAUAGCGGAGCAGGAGGGGGAACGCCAAGAAGCACACCCAGCUGACGUUAUCGCCCUCGACAAAAGGGACAAAGAGUGGACAACCAGAACGAGCACUACCAUGUCGGCGACAAUGCAGCUGCUGGAAGCAGCAGCCGAGCUACGAGAAGCGGCUGCAUUCAUGGGGGACGGUGACCUCGCACCAGUCCUAGCUGUCCUGCAUGCAAUCGAAGCUUGGCAGAACUCCCUGUUUGGGGGGAUGCAAGCUGUGAGUGACGAGACGCAAACAGAGCCAGUACCAGAGACCGACAUGGGGGAGCAAAACGCGCCGCAUGCAGCCGGAACAAAACGGCGCUGGUUCGCGCUCUCACCGGGGGUCAACCAAGAAGACAUGGCCGCCCUAGAGACAGACAGCUUCCUGGCCGACCUUGCCGAAGUGGAACUACUACCUACCUUGCCGGAGCUGGGGGAAGCUGGGGAAAGCCAACAAGCCACGCUGCCAUGGACACCGCCGGCACCGGAGCCGCUGGGGGCAGCCGCAGACCUCCUAGCACCCAGUGAGGGGGAGGAGGAAUCCGAACCCAGCCCUGAGGGACACCGGCUAGCCCUCGCUGCCUUGCACGAUGCCGCGGAGCCGGACCUCGUGAGCUUCAACAGCGCCGCCGCGGCUUGCGCCCGCGCCACGCAGUGGCCUCAGGCCUUACGGCUGCUUGGAAAUUUAGCAGCCAACGCUUUGCGCGCCGACCAACGCACCUGGACACCGCUGCUGCCAGUGUUGCCUUGGCCCCGUGCAUUGCAAGUUCUCCGACAUUUGGAAGCGCGUUCCCUGCACUUGGAUCCACCCCUGCUGUCUGCGGCUGUGGCAGCCACGGCUCGGGCACGCGCCUGGGCUGCGACGCUCCAGCUGCUAAACGAACUGCGUGCUCGGGACAAAGGAGGGCGAAGCUUCGCCGUGGGGCUCAGUGCGGCCAUCCAGAGUCUCGCAAAAGCCUCACGUUGGCGGGCAAGUGUGGGCCUCAUGCAAGAGGCUCACGAAACCCGGCGCCUGCAGGACGACGUCGUUCUGCUGUCGACCUGCCUCCUUGCUUGCAGAGCUGGGGCCUUGUGGCAGCUUGGGCUCGGCCUGCUUCAAGAUGGCGCGGAGCUGCCAAUCACGGCGGCCGCACCGUACAACUCGGCGAUCAGCGUCUGUGCCGAAGCAUCGCAGUGGCAGACUGCACUGCAGCUGCUCGCUGAUGCAGAGCGCCUUGGCAUCCUGGAUAUCACCACUUGCAAUGCUUCGAUCACCGCCUGUGACCGGGGACACGCCUGGCAGCAUGCGAUACAAGUCCUGCGAGUCGCGAAAGAGCAUCGCGUACAUACCGAUGCAUUCAGUUCUGCUGCAGCUGUGAGUUCUUGUGCCUCCGCCGCGCAGUGGAGGAUGGCUCUGGGUCUCUUCGUCAAAGAACUUCCAGGCCCCUUUGCUCUGAGUGCGCUUCUGGCUGCUUGCGGCGCCAUGCGACAGUGGGAACAUGGUCUGGCAAUUUGGCAAGGAUGGCCCGCCGGAAGGGACCUUGACCUCACUUGCCAGAAUGCAGCCCUGUAUCUCCUCGCGCCUUUGGGUCGCUGGAUGGCGGCGCUGCAGGUGCUUGAUGCCAUGUGCGCUUUGGGUACAACGGACGCACUCAGCGUGGAAGCGUGUCGAAAAUCCUGUGAGGUUGCAGGUGCGUGGCCCCCAAUGCCACACCUCUGGCAGGCUGCAGCAAAAGAGGCCAUGCUCUCCAGAUCCAGAGCGAACGACUUCGCCGAGGCAGUUGGAGAGUCGACGAAUCGCCGGCUGCGCCUGGAGCGGCUGAGAAGCUGUCUCGGAAAGUCGGGCCCAGGCAGAGCACUCCGCAACCAUGCUGAUGUCGAAUAG